CACGUUCGUCUCUUUUCUCUCUCGUCGAUGCAAUCGCCGUGUUACUUCGUCGCGAUCUUCGAUGCCACGUGACUAUCGUUUUCGUUACGCGCACUUUUAAAUCGCAAAAAUUCAUACCAUCAGGACUGUCUUAUUUUUUUGUUAUUAUUGUACUUAUCGUUAUUGUUAUUGUUGCUGCUUAUCGUUCUAUUUACUUUUCUUUAUAUAUCGUUCUUCUUAUUUUGCAGAAACAUUUGCGAAGGACAUUUAUAAGAUAAAAGUAUUUAUGAAGUAAAGCAAAAAAAAAAAAAGAAGAAAAUCGAGUAAGAAUUAAAAACAAUAGAGGGAAGAAAAAGAGAAUUUUUCACUUUUCUUUUCUAAAUCAUAAUUGACUUUUCGGAAAUCCAUAAUUAUGAGGUAUCACGUUGAAAGACACUCGAACGUUUUCAAUAUCCAAAAGAAAAUUAUGAUUAUUAGUUUACUUUAAAGACACGUCCGGUGUGAUAUACCGGUGUGAUAAAUCGUGGCCCUGGCGAAUAGUGUGGCAUGUGACCGUAUGUGAGACAAUGUGGUGGGUGGGUGGAUCCUGCGAUCUCCAGAGAUGCAAGUUCCUUGUUCUCCUGAUUCUGAUAGGCUGCAGCGAGGCAUAUCUCAAUAUUUUCAUCAGCCAAUCGCAAGUUAUGAAACUUUUGGGACUCGAGGCGGAAUUGUACUACGUCAGAGAGGGGGUGGUCAACGCGUACGCCAUGAAUUUUGUCGUUCCGGUGCCAGCGAAUAUAGCAGAUCUUGAAUUUUCCUGGCAGAGUCUAGCCGGUCACCCGUUACCAUAUUCUAUGGAGUUGGAUUACGAUGUAGUGAGAGUGGCGGGUGCAGCUUCGGGCAUGAUGGCUUUACUGUCUCCGAGGGUGAACGUGUCGGCCAAAGGCGAGGUCCCCGUCGUCCUGCAAGUCUUCAGGAUCAGACUGCCUUGUUCCGGUCUCGUUAGCGCCGAAAUUCCUUUGGCCCUCAGGCUGAACGUCACCGCACCUCCUGGGACCAAGUAUAACGACACCAUACUGGUUUUCAAGAGGAACAAAAUCUGCUUGAAGGGAGUCGAAACACCCCCACGUAACGAGUCAGUACGUUUGGAGCCUGGUCCUUUGGUGAAUGGUGCUGGUGCGCUCUAUGUUGCUGCCACUUGUGCCUGUGCUUUGAUACUAGUCGUUGGCAGUGUCGCCAGUGCUUUGUACAUUCGCAAUAGCAAGGCACGAGUUCAAGAAUCUCAGAAAACUCUUCCUUGCUGCAGCUAUUCGGCAGCUGACACCGACGGACUUGCCAGAAGUUCGGUACUGGUCAGAGUCGACCCACGGCCCGGAAGCGCGAAUUCCGGAAGUUACGCGACCAUCGCCGACCUGGAACCUCUUUAUGCGAGACCUUGUGGAUCUAGAGCAAGUUACUAUGCUGCCAGUCAUGUCACGCAUCUAAGUCAGUCAACUGACCCCUGUGAAAAGGCAAGAGCUCUUUCAGUACCGAGAUCGGCACUUUACUGUCGUAAUCUCGUACAGGAGGGAACCUUCGGACGUGUAUACAGAGGAACUUUGGAUAUGGGUGGUCGAGAGCAAGAAGUUAUCAUCAAGACGGUGACAGAGGUAGCAUCUGCUUAUCAGGCAUCGUUGCUCGUUGUGGAGGGUUCGCAAUUAGCCGGUUUGGUACAUGCGAAUAUAGCCUCCUUGGCAGCAGCUUGCCUUGACAGUUCUUGCCCAUUGUUAGCGUACACAAGUACGCAGGGAGAAUUAAAUCUGAAACUCUACCUUACCGAUGGAAGUCACCAUCCCGUGACCAGGGAUCUGGUGAACGUUGGUGCUCAGGUUGCCAGAGCCGGAGCUUUUCUGCAUGGUCGCGGACUCUUACAUAGGGAUAUCGCUGCCAGAAAUUGUCUGAUAGAACCUAACAGCCUUCGUGUUAGAUUAGCCGAUGCUGCCUUGGCUCGAGAUCUCUUUCCUCAGGAUUAUCAUUGUCUUGGAGACAAUGAAAAUAGACCGAUACGUUGGAUGGCUUUGGAAAGUCUUCAACACAAUCAAUAUAGCACUGCGACGGACGUGUGGUCCUUCGGCGUAUUCCUCUGGGAAUUAGCAACAUUGGGUCAACAACCAUACGUUGAAGUUGAUCCAUUCGAAAUGAUGGUCUGUCUUCGAGAUGGAUAUCGAUUGGCACAACCAAGACCUUGUCCCGAUGAGCUCUUCGCCGUUAUGGCCGUCUGUUGGCUUGGCCUUUCGAGGGAUCGACCAACGAUGCCACAACUUCUCGCCUACUUGCAGGACUUUCACGACGCUCUCGGUGGCUUCAUAUAAAUCUACAAUCACGGAUUAGAAGAGUGUUCAUUGAAAGGAGUCAAACGAUGUUCAAAAUAUGAAACGUUCUAAUACGAAUCAAAGACUAAUUUCGAUAAUCAAAUGAAAUAUUCCGAAAUCAAAUCACAUGGAAUUGAAUUUGCACUGCCAAGUUUGCGAAACAAUGGUAAUACCCUUUUGAUAUUCGUGAUAUUUCGCUUAUA